CGAUACCACUUGACAAGAAAAAUUGGUUCGAUACCAUUUGAACCAUAUUAAAACAGAAGUGAUAGUCAAGAGCCAAUGAGAUUUCAUAGUAUGAUGAGUGUUAUAACUUGAUGAAAUCCCAUAGUAGUAAUGACAAUAAGUAUAUGUCAUUUUAUGAACUACACAUUAGAUAUUUGGUCAUAGAAAAUUCUGAUGUUUAACAAACCACAUACGAUCAUUAUUAAGAUUUUUCCAACAAUCAUAGAAACAAGAAGACAUAUAAUUAAGGCACCAAAAAUCACCAAUUGAAGAGGAAUUGUUUUAACAUGGGAAGUUUUUUUUUAUAUAUAGAAAACAUGGAAAGGUCUUCAUAAUUGAAAGUUGAAACUAAUCACCAACAAAGAAUAAAGAACAACACUUCACGAAAAUGACUUUGUUCUCUUGUAUAUGUUUGGUUGAAUCUCAUUUGAAUCUUCGAUUAUCAGUCAACACUUUCUGGCCACGGUUGAUGAAAUUGGGGGAGAAAUUAAGAAAACACAAGCUUAAGGGAUUAUAGUUAAAAGACUUUGUUAAGGACCGUUUUCUUGAUAAAGUCCAAUAACACAAAACAACACAAUCAACCUUGUCGAUUAUCAUAUUAGGCGACGGGGGAGUUCAAAUCCCUAAUAAACAAAUAUGCUUCAAGGGAGAGUGUAUGCGUAGCCGCCAAUCCUUUCUUUUUCAAUAUUGUCUCUUCUUGCUGUGUGAAUGCUUUGAAAAAAUACCUAGCUAGUCCCAAAAUUUAUAUUAUGUUGUUAGUGUCAUGCAUAUGCAAAGGCAAAACACUUUUGGGUAUGGUGAUACUCCUAGGUCACAAUCCAAAACAUACGUGUUUUUUGUGUAUGGAUCUUAUCUUAUGUUUGACAUAGCAAUUAACAACAUGUUAGUGCAUCUUCUACUGAGUACGCAACAUAUAAUCGCCGCUUUUUUAGUCUUGAACGAUGACUAUUUUGUAUGAUUAGAUAGGGUUAGGGAAGAAUGUCUUUUGGAGAGGACUUCUGGUAGGAUGAUAUAGAACCUGUUCAUUGGUAAGUCCAUUCAUUGCCUCAACAGCCUGCAGGGCUUUAGUAGGAUAGGCUAAUCAGGCCGGCUCUGAUUUGGAAAUUUGGGCUGAAACCUUGCUGGACCCGAGACUGCACGGGGGAAGCCCAACUUCUGAACCCGGUUUCAGUAGUUGCUUAUUCGGACUGAAGCCUCGCCAUAUCUAAAUGAGGCUUCCAUAGGGGAGUGCCUAUGUGAUAAAAGGCCGGUGGGUCCGAUGAACCAAAGGCAGGCCCAUACAUACUUCCUACAUGGAUGUGGGAAUGGGCCAAAAUUAGAAUUAGAAUACAGAAACAGAAGUAACACUUCAGUCUGAUGGACUAGUUGUUAAUAUCCUUUCUAAGGUGGACGCGUGUCACAGCUGUCCAAUAGAAAGCGGUCGUAUGAUUUCCUAUUUCCCCAAAGAAAGCCGCUUGCUUUGCUUUAUUCCCCUCAGCGGCUCAGCCUCGGUAUAUCCUCCAAGCAUCUCUCGGCUUUAUCCCUCUCCCAACUUCCCUACUUCCCACCACUUCUACACCCUCCUUCCAUCUGCUUCAUCCGCCAUUGCUGUUCGUUUCUUCCAAAUUCCCUUUCUCCUCCUGUUAUUUCCCCCCCUCAACAGCUGUCUUCCUUGCUCCUUUGUUUUCCUCGCCCACCGUCGGCCGUCGCAGCCAUGGCGACGGGCUCCGGCGCCGGCAACGCAAUUCGCAACGGCGCCCUUCUCCCCUUUCCCAACUCCAGACUUCUUGCCAUUCCGCCUUCAUCUGCAACCUCUCUUCUCCUCCGGAGGCCAGCUCCUCAGCCGUUCUCGUACGUUUCCUUCUCUUCUUCUACUUCUUCUUCAGCAGAGCAGCAUCCCCCGCCAUCGCAUCGCGUCUUCCGGCACUCCCGCGUCUCCACCGCGACUGUGGAGUGCGAUCCUUCAGCUCCCGACGACUUCAAUUUCCAGCAGGAGAUAUCUCGACUCAAGGCCCUGCGGGCGAGGCUCGGCGAUUGCGGCGGCAAUCUCAGGGGGAAGCUUCUCGUCCUGCAGAGCGAUUCCCGGGUGAAGCAGUUCUUCGGCUUCAAAUUGGGGAGGUCUAGGGUUUUGGAACUGCUCGAUUUGGACUCCGAGGACUUGUUCUUGCUUAAGAGUUUAGUCGCUGCUGGUCAGGAACAUGUGCUUGGUUUGGAGGCGGUGGAUGGUAAUGCCGAGGCUGGGAGUGGGAGGAAUUCUCUGAAGACUGCUCUGUAUACUCUGGCGGAGAUGAUCGAGAGGUUUGACUUUGGAGGUCCGAAUGGUAAGCGCUCGUUGGAGAAUAACGGCCACGGCGUGCACGUAAGAGAUGAGGAAGUUAGGGACCUGAAACGGCUGUUGAAGAACUUGAGGGAGGUUGAGAAGUUCUAUGAUUGCAUUGGAGGGAUCAUCGGAUACGAGAUAAUGGUGCUGGAGCAACUUGCCCAUUCAACUUGUGAAAAGCAGACUACGAAUUGGUCCCAACAACUAGAGGACGCCAUGAAUUGCCAGUGUUUGGAAAUUCAUACCCCUAAUGGACUUGACCUUUCAAAAGAUACAGAGUAUGCAUCUCAAGCUGCACUAUGGGGAAUUGAGGGUUUGCCAGACCUAGGAGAAAUUUACCCCUUGGGUGGCUCAGCGGAUCGUCUAGGUUUGGUAGAUGCUGACACGGGCGAAUGUCUUCCUGCUGCCAUGCUUCCUUAUUGUGGAAGGACAUUAUUGGAAGGCCUGAUUAGAGAUGUUCAGGCUAGAGAAUUCUUGUACUUCAAGAUCUAUGGAAAGCAGAGCAUCACACCUGUCGCUAUUAUGACAAGUUCAGCCAAGAAUAACCAUGAGCGUAUCACUUCUCUCUGUGAAAGACUUAAGUGGUUUGGAAGAGGUCGUUCCAAUUUCCAACUGUUUGAACAGCCUCUUGUUCCUGCUGUUAGUGCUGAAGAUGGGAAGUGGCUGGUUGCUAAACCAUUUUCACCUGUAUCCAAACCUGGUGGCCAUGGUGCGAUUUGGAAACUUGCUUACGAUAAUGGCAUCUUCCAAUGGUUUUACAAUCAUGGAAGAAAAGGCGCCACUGUUCGGCAAGUCAGUAACGUUGUGGCUGCCACAGACUUGACGCUUUUAGCACUGGCUGGGAUGGGCCUACGACAUGGGAAAAAACUGGGAUUCGCAUCUUGCAAGCAAAGCUCGGGAGCUACAGAAGGAAUUAACGUCAUUGUUGAGAGAAUGGAUCUUGAUGGGAAAUGGGCUUAUGGUUUGUCCUGCAUUGAGUACACCGAGUUUGAUAAGUAUGGGAUAUCAAACACGCCCUUUUCUUCAAACAGAUUGCAGAGUUUCCCCGCGAACACAAAUAUUCUUUAUGUGGAUUUACCAUCCGUGGAGUCGGUAGCAUCAAGCAAUGAUGAAAGAUGCUUACCUGGCAUGGUACUUAAUACAAGGAAACAAAUUGUGUAUGAGGACCAGUGGGGAAAUCGUCACAGCGUCCCUGGUGGUCGCCUAGAAUGCACGAUGCAGAAUAUUGCGGACAAUUUUUUGAAUACGUACUUAUCUAGAUGUUACGAGGUUGCGGAAGAUGAGCUGGAUACAUUCAUUGUCUACAAUGAGCGUAGAAGGGUUACAUCUUCUGCUAAGAAGAAUCGAAAGCAUGCAGAGACUUCUUUGCGCCAGACUCCGGAUGGUGCGUUGCUGGAUACCUUAAGGAAUGCCUAUGAUAUCCUCUCGGAGUGUGAUAUUGAACUUCCACAGGUUGAAGAUGAUGACAAAUAUGUGAAUUCUAUUCCACCAUUUCUGAUUCUGCUGCAUCCAGCUCUUGGUCCACUUUGGGAGGUCAUGCGACAAAAGUUUAAAAAAGGGUCGAUAUCGAAGGGCUCUGAGUUGCAAAUUGAGGUUGCAGAGUUUUUAUGGAGGAAUGUUCAGAUUGAUGGAAGCUUAAUAGUUAUUGCUGAAAAUGUUAUGGGAUCAACCAGAAUGGAUGAAGAUGGUGAAUCGAUACUACAUUAUGGUCACAGGUGCGGAAGAUGUAGGCUGGAAAACGUACACAUUGUUAACAAAGGGAUUGAUUGGAGUUGUGGAGACAAUGUCUACUGGAAACAUAGUGUACAACGGAUUGAGGAGUUUAAGGUUGUACUUCAUGGAAACUCCGAAUUUGAGGCCUGCAAUGUGACCAUACAGGGAAAUCAUGUUUUUGAAGUUCCAGACGGCCACAAGAUGAAGGUAACCUCUGCCGGAGCUUCAGGUUUAGAAGUGAAGCUCGACCCUAUAGAACCUAACAAGAUUGACAGUGGAAGCUGGUUCUGGAACUACAAGGUGCAAGGCACACAUAUCUUGCUGGACUUGGUCGAGACGAAAUAGACCGAUUUACUCGUAAACCCCAUCCUGUGUGAAUCACAGUUCACUCAAAGGGACUCAGAAGAAGGAUCUUGUCAGCCCUUGCUGCAUUAAUCAAUUUGGUUGUAACCUAAGUUAAACCAUUUGCACACACCAGAUCCUCAUUGUAAAAAAGAACUUAAUUCUAC